AAUAAAUUGAAUAUUGGACAUUGGUCAUAGACGCUGUUCCAAAUUUGGAUUUUGUGCGCUACCUUGUGGGAUUAUGGAUUCCUAUGAUGUAAUCACGAAUCAACCCGUAGUUAUAGAUAUUGUAAGUAGCGUGAUUUUUGGUGAACUAAGUUUCCAAUGUCAUGUUGUUCUAACGUCUGAUUUUUGGUACAUUUCGCAUUCGUGCAAUAUAUUAAGUUAACCUUACAAGUAUGAAUACCGACUUUCAGGCAUGAUUUUUACUCCUACGAGUAAAUCUCAUGGUUUCCAGUUAAUUCUGCCUAUACAGUUGGGGUUACACAAUGGGACAGGUAUAUUGAAAGCAGGAUUCGCUGGGGAUCAAGUCCCAAAGUAUCGAUUUCCAAAUUAUAUUGGUCGUCCAAAACAUGUCAGAGUUAUGGCUGGUGCACUUGAAGGCGAUGAUUUUAUUGGACCUAAAGCAGAAGAACAUCGUGGCCUAUUAAGUAUACGAUAUCCUAUUGAACAUGGGAUAAUUCGUGAUUGGAAUGAUAUGGAACGGAUAUGGGCUUAUGUAUAUGGGAAAGAUCAAUUGAUGGUGAACAGCGAAGAACAUCCAGUCCUACUGACAGAAGCUCCGUACAAUCCUAAAAAGAACAGAGAGAAAAUGGCAGAAAUAUUCUUUGAAACAUUUGGUGUACCUGCAUUGUAUAUUUCUAUGCAAGCAGUAUUAAGCCUAUAUUCCACAGGGCGGACUACAGGAGUUGUUCUGGAUUCAGGAGAUGGUGUAACACACGCUGUGCCUAUCUAUGAAGGUUAUGCUCUACCGCAUGCAAUUGAACGUACAGAUUUAGCUGGUCGUGAUGUAACACGUUUCUUACGAUUAUUAUUGCGUAAAGAAGGUGCUGAUUUUCAUACAACAUCAGAAUUUGAAAUUGUUCGUCAAAUUAAGGAACGUGCAUGUUUCAUCAGUUUAAAUCCAAGUAAAGUAGAAGCAGUGGAAGCACUGGCUUCAUAUCCUCUACCGGAUGGUUCAACACUUGAAAUAGGUCCAUCAAGAUUUCGUGCACCAGAACUACUGUUUCGACCAGAUUUAAUGGGACAAGAAUAUCUUGGUAUUCAUCAGGUAUUAGCCUAUGCAAUUCAAAAAUCUGAUAUGGACUUAAGACGUUUACUGUAUGAGAAUAUUGUUCUGUCAGGUGGUUCUACCCUAUUCAAAGGUUUUGGUGAUCGCCUUGUCUUAGAGUUGAAACGUUUAGCACCAAAAGAUGCUCAUUUAAGAAUUUCUGCUCCACAAGAACGAUUAUAUUCAACAUGGAUUGGUGGAUCAAUUCUCGCCUCGUUGGAUACAUUUAAACGAAUGUGGAUAUCAAGACGAGAGUAUGAUAGUGAAGGUGCACGUGUUCUACACCGAAAACUUCUUUGAAGCUUUCCCCACUCCAUAAUCAUCUCUUGUGUUCUUUUCUUCUUGUCGUUGUAUUACUGCCACCACCAGGCCCCCCUUUCUAAGUGGGUGGGUCGGGAGGGGUGUAUUUUGUUUUCAAAGUUAAUCACGCAGAUACACACACAGCAUCAACACACAUAAAUUAGAUCUGAUGUUGCUGGUGGUGUUGCGUUUCUCUUCAUUAUAUAUAAUGUUAUGUAUGUAUGACGAGCACAUCUAUACACGUCUGGUUUCCACGCAUCUAUAUUGUCCCAGCCCCUUCCUCCUUUCUUGAUCUUUAAUAUAUUAAUAUUGGUUUCAGUAACCACAUUAUCUUAAUAUAUCAUCAUGACGUUUUUAUACACACAUGCAUACACAAAUAUAUAUUCGGGUUUUUCCCCAUAAUUUUUAAAAACAGAAAUCCAUACCAAAACAAAAUAUUUAUUUGAAAUCCUCCUCAGAUAUUAGGAGAUCACUAAGUGUUUCAACGUGUAUACUGUCAGUGAACGCGUGUUCGUCUGCAUAUCUCACCUCACUGUCUGCCUCUCUCCCUCGCUGUGUGUCAUGGACGCACGUUCUCUUGCUCGUUUUUCCUCUAUCUCUGUUCCCCUUCAGACAUAUGCAAAUGGCCUUUAUGAAUUAUUGAGUUUAUGAUUUAUAGAUCUCUGUGUAACUUGGCUGUGUGUGUGUGUGUGUGAAAAUGGACAUUCUCUUACAUAGUUUGUUUUAAUGUUUUUUUUUGAGUUCUUAGAAAGAAAACAGCGGCGAACGGUGAUUCGAUGUACUACCCUUGACUCUGUGUGUCUGUCUGUUUGCCUGUCUCUCUUUCUCUUGUGUGUGUGUGUGGGUGUAGGUGCGCGGAUGUGUGGGCGUGAGUAUCUCUUUCCCAUCAUUAGUAAACUUUCUCUAACUAUUAUCAUUCAUUGUGUAUCCCUAUUCUAUCUUAAUCAGAGUUUUUAUUCAUUCCAAGUCAAAUCUGUGAGGAGGUAUCUGUGUUUGUGUGUGUGUGUGUGUAUGAGUGUGUAAUAUUUCGUACAGAGGUGAAGGGUAGUAUGAAAAAAACAAUUAUAUUAUGAAUAUGAAUAACUUCUUAUCUGUGCAUAUGCACGCAUACAGUGUGUGUGUGUGUGUGUUUCAUCAUUGGUUAUUCCGGUGUUGUUGUUGGUUUUAGCUUUUUGUUUUUUUUUACCGCUUUUUACUCUUCUCAAACAAGAGAGGAGAAGAGAAGCGGGUGUAUGAGGUUACACGGCGGGCGUAGGUGGGGAAGGGUCUCCUCUGUAUGUGUUUUUUAAUGGCUAAUAUCCAGUAUUUCUUAUUACUUGAAUUAUUAUUAAUAAUAAUAAUAUUAUUAUUAUUAUUAUUAUUA